ACUGACAGUAGUCUAAGCCAUAGCUGGUUCUCGAAUCGCAUGUUUCGCUUGAAACAGAAGUGGUAGUUGUGGUGGUAGUGCAAGUAAGAUGAAGGGAUCUCCAAGCAAGACUGAAGAGCUUAAAGAGAAAGGCAACCAGUGUCUGAAGGAAGAGAAGUAUGCUGAGGCCAUCUUGCACUACACGCAUGCCAUCUCAAAUGAUCGUGAAAAUAGUGCUCUCUACAGCAAUCGUUCAAUGGCCUUUCUGAAGAUGGACCAGUUUUACUUGGCUUAUGAAGAUGCCAAAGAAACCAUCAGACUCAACCCGGAAUGGCCCAAAGGUUACUACCGUAAGGCUGAGGUGGAGUUCAAGGCGGAGCACUAUAGAGAAGCAAUGGAGUCUUUCCGUAAAUCACUGCAGUUUGGAGCCGAUGAACCCAAGGUGUUGGACCAGUUGAGGAAGGCAAAGCGAGAAAUGGAACGGCAGAUCAGAGUGGACAAUCAAAUUCCCUGGGUCGGAGCUGCAACAGGCUUUGUUCUGGGUGUGCUUCUUGUUGUCUUUGACGUUGGCAUCAGAGAACAACCCUUUCUUGUGAAUCCCCUUUGGAUGACGCUUGUUGUAAUGGCAGCAUCAAUGAUCUGUUAUUUUCUCGCCCGCUUCCACAAACACACACUGCAAGGCCAACGAAAAAGCCUGUUGGAACCACCACUGGACAUUUUUGGAAUCAAUGCUGAAAAAGAAGAGAAGGCACCGAGUGGCUCUGGUGAUGCUCCACAAGAAGCGGCCAAGUCAAAAACAAGCUGAGCAUUUGUGAUGAUCAGUGGACCACAGAUGCCUCAGUCAGACAUAUAAAGUCGUAUGCUGCCUUUCCUGAAAAUUCCAAGAGUGUGUCUUCCAGGCACAAUGAAACAUUCCUAGUCAUUUAAGAGUCCUCAAACAGCAACAUGCAGCAAAGAUGUUGGGAGUGCUGUGUUUUGUAAUGCUUUUGAUAUAGUUCAUUCCCUUUGAAAAUGUUUAGUUUUUAGUGCAUUUUGUAUCAUAUAAAAUGAAGUUAUUCUGUUGUUCCACUCUACCUUACCAGAUCGUAUUAAUUUACAUUUCUUGUUUCGAACCAUGUUUUGUUAUAGCUUUCAUACCGUUUUCAUAACUAUGCUCCAAAAUCCGGCCAUCUCAAGGGUUGGGCCUCCAUUUAAUGUCUAACAAAUAGAUUGCCUGUGAUUUGCAAACAACGAGGUAUACAUUGUUUUGUCAGCUGUGUGCUGUGCCACAAAACAUAAAGUGGCAUUUCUCUCUGCUCACAGACAUUGUAACUGUCCAUACGCAUGCAGUGACAUAGUUACUGUGACCAUAGCACACCAUCCUUGUUCUUUCUUGUCGAGGUUGUGUAAACGUUAUGGUCACAGUAAUUGUAUCAAACGAACUAGUCCAAAAGAUUGUACUCCUGGAAUGCAGCUAUAGAUUUACUCAAAUUCCCCUUAUUGAAUCAUGAUAACUAUUGAGGUCUCCAGUUAAGAAGUUUUGGUUUUUCAGGUAGAUCCAAGCAUUGUUGCCACUUAGGUAAACAAGUUUGACUGUCAGCAAGGUUCUUUAGCUGAUGCAAUUGCAAAAUCAUUGAUCUUAGACUAAUUUUUUGAUGUGCUGUAGUUAUUUUGUGAAAUGGGACAUGAAGAUUGGCAGUUUAACCAAAAAGUGAAGCAUUGAAAGUGAUAGCGAGAUUUAGUGUUGUGCUCGAGCUCCACACACAGUUCUAACAAUAUGCGGAGGCAACAUGGCGUGACGCUUCGCAUUAGGCAACUGCUGUUGCACUGCAGAAACAGCACCCUGGUACAUGCUAGCCAUGUCACAACGCUAGGGCAAUGACGAGUGUCAGCAGUGUUAUCAUAGGUGUUGCACUUUGACGGUCCACGAGUUGAGACAAAUGGAAAACUUUUAGCAUUUAUCAACGCCCAGUAAAAAGAUUAAAAAUGUGUAAGGGCCGCACUUCUUUCUUUCCCAGAUUCACGCGCAAGUUUCCAGGAUACGGCCCACGCACACAAUGUGCUUGAAAAAAAAAAUUGUUUUUAAGUAAAAGCAGCAUUUCAAUAAGCUAAUCUAACUUCUUUAGUGUAAAUCAUAUCUCCUCUCAGUUGCCACCACUCACAAAUCCUCUGACUCCAAGCUGAUGCUGUACUCCAGCGCAGUCCAAACUGUUCGAGAUUCUGGUCACCCUUAAACUUCACGAUACAAUGUCCAUAGACGCAAGAGUACCAUGCGAACAGGAUCUAGCCAUGCACAGUCGGGAGUGGUGCCCUCUUGAGCCACUUGGUCGGUGUUUGCUUGUUGCUGCUGUUUGCCAUCCAUUUGGCAUACUGCCUUUGAAAUCCAACUUUAAAAGGCUAAUUUAUGUUGACACCCAGUUGCUGCAGCAUGCCGGGGAAGCUGCCAGAACAACAUGGUGCCUGGCUGGUUAUGCCCAAUGCUUUUUACCCAUUCAAGCAGAAGCUCAUUGUCCAUCCAGCCCUCUUAUUGUGCUUUAACUAUGAUUCCCUUUGGGUAAAGUAUUAUUAGGAAUUGUUUUCCUUUUCAACAUGACUUGGAGGGCCAGCUUCCAUCUGUCCGCGGUGAUUCACAGCAUAGUGGUGCAAUGUUGGUCAUCUGUGGUGAUUGCCCCCACGACAAUGCUAUUUCUUUCUUUCAUUCCAAUUGUGCAUUUCUCGGCACAGUCAAACCACACAGAGGUCUGGUCAGCAUUCACCAUCUAAGAAAAUACAUACAGUAAAACCUCGCAGAUACAAGGCUGUUUCAUACGAUUUCCCUGCACCAACAUUCGUGUUAUACAAAUAGAAACAUGACCCAGUGCUGCUGCACUUCUUUCUUACCAAUUAAUAUGUUCCCGGUAAAGAUGCUCUUUCAGCACCAACAUUCAGUGCACCACCAAAUUGCGAUUGUAUGAUACACUUUCUGGCUGCUAUAUCCAGCAGUGUAGCUUUUUGGGCUUGUUGGUGCAUGAUUUAAGUAGCAAUGAAUAGCGUGCAGAGGACGAGACAGUAAAAUCCAGACAUACACGAAGAGUACGAGCACUAAAUUCCAACAAAUUUUAUUUUUCAUAUACAUCACCUUUAUAUGCCCGGAGAAGGACAUAUCACUUAGACAACCGGUAUCAGCAUCUCAGAAACGCUAGCUCUUUAUUGCAGAGGAAAAUAGGUGUGUUCACACACAUGCAUCCUGCUCUGCUUAUCGUUUCAGCUUCAAUGAUUUCUCGAGUUACCCUGUCUUUGCUCCUUUCUAUGACAACAUAUUUAUCAAGGAACGACUUGCACGCUUUUUGACUCGCAGGAACAAAAAUGUAAACAAAGAACUGCACACGCCAUCAAAAGUACAGACCUGUCAUGGCAGCGUCCUUGCAGUACUUGCCCAUUCGAGUCGCAUGAAAAUGCUGACAUGCACUCAGUUUUGUCAGCGAUUCAUCGAGUAGACAAAUCAAAGCUUCCCACCAAAAUGCCCCGCCUGAAGAAGCUGCUGACCCAGACUGAGUUUGAGAAGCGCAUUUCGAAGCUUAAUGAAGCUGCAUAAACAAUGUGCAUCUCAAGUCGCUCGGGCCUCACCAUCUUGGCACACGUCAGCAUCUCGUGCUACAAUCAUUUGCACAACACUUCGCAUUACGUAGAUGUCAGUUGAGUCUGUAAAAUUGUUUAGCAUCUUUGGAUGGUACGUUUUCCCGAUUAGUACAUUUUUGCUUCCAUGUUUUUUUCCAAGACAUAUAAUGAGGUUUUACUGUAGUUGUGUUCAUGGUGCAGACUGAGGACAUGCUUCUGAAAGCUGAGCACUUUGUCAGUGUUGUCUUGGGGAGGCUGCUGGCAUGGCAUCAUCCUUUGCUGAAAGGCGAGGCCCUUCUACAACAAUGUUCAUACACAUCCAGCACUAGCUUUGAAGUCCUUGCGCCGUGUGCUUUCUUCAUGUGACAAGGCUUGCACCUUCACACGCAGCAUCUCAUAGCAUGGAAGCUCUUCUUCCAAUUCAGGAAACUUCCAUGACUUGCCUCAGAAAGUGCACUUUUUGCUGCUUUUGUUGCUCAAUGCAUCCUUUGAUUGCAUCAUCAUCGAAUGCACUUCUCAUCUGCGUCACAUUUUGUGCCUGCUGCACACUUCCCAAAUUCAAAAGCGAACUCGACAACUUUCAACUUAAAGCCAGCCUGGCUUUAAAUAAAAACUUGUAAUAUUUAAAGCCAGCCUGGCCAAGUUGCUUGACCAUCUUUCUGAUAUUCCAGUGCUCAGCAGCAAUUCAUUAAAAAAAAAUGAGACCAGCACAUGAAAGCCAAACAGUGCACGUAACAGUACUGGUGGAUUUCAUUCUCUUGCUUAAGCAGAGUUGAUAGUGUGAGAAUUUUAGCUACAUAGAUACUUUCUGCAUGAAAUCAGCAUAACACUGAAAAAGAGGACACAAAUAAAAACAAGACAUGGUACCAUUUUGUCUCCUCAUUCAUGCCAUGCUCAUUGCCAAUUCGCCCACGCUUCCGCCCUUUUUACUUUCCACAGGUUGAACUGAAUUGAAAGGUUGGUGCAGUCUAACCCCUUACCCUAAGUGAUAUAUGAUGCACAAAGAACUUCUAGCACAAUAGAAUCGAAAAGAAAGAAAAUCCUACUUAUUGAUCCGGAAUCUGUGUUAUCUCUAGUAAUCAGAUACAUUGCUAAACUAAGCCAUGAAAGAAUUUGUAAAUCAAGUUAUUUUUCAUAAUUGAUACAUUCAAAAUGAGCGCAAAAAAUACAAAGGUGUUCUUUACUAUUUAUUAGCCUACUUACGGUAGUUCUGUGAAGCAAGCAUUAAUUGUUCUAUCAUAUAAGAUACAGCAUGCAGUUAUCGGUUGUCUUGUAGAGGCAAGGAGAGAUUUGUUUUCUCGCAAAAGAAAAAAAAUUUGGUGGCAAUAUGUUCGUACGGGCUAUACUCUUCCUUAGCACGAUUAUGGUUGGUGAAUAGGUCCAAAAAUUAAAGUGGAAGUGUUGGUUACAACGAAAAUAGUAUAGAGCUUGCCAUGUUCCAAGAGCUAAUAACAUCAACAAAUAACUCUAGGUGGAAGAGCAACAAGGGUAUCUUUCAAGCUCCUAAAAGUUAUGCAAAGCAAACGCUGACAAACCAAAGCCUACAAAUGAUCUGGCUUAUGUACCGAAGCUAUCAUUUAGUAUAAUGAUGGUGAAAUCGUUAAAUUUUUUAGAAACUUGUAUUAGCUGGAGCUACGAUUCUCCAUUUUUAAAGCAAUGUUUCAAGAUUUUUUCAGUGGUUCUGAUGUUCUUGCAAGUUUUCUGCAAUUGGAUUGUCUUUCUUCCUGGGCGUUAGAUAUAUAUGCUUGUAAAUGGCUGGUAUAAAAGUAAACAUCUUCGACAUAGAUCUGUCUGGCUCGGUGGGAAAUAUUAGAAGUGAAAACUGUUCCAGCCAAGGUUAAGAAGUUCCAAACCUUUCAGGACCAGCUCGGUCCCAUCUUCAAGUAGUGACUGGAGAAGCCGAAGAAACAACAUCACCAAAGCAACCGAAACGGAGGUGAAAUCGCAAUGCAAGAAAGACGGGAGUUUAAAGGACGCUGUUCCUUUAGUUGCUUCAGUCACCCUGUGAAAAAGGGACCAAGCGGUCCCGAAAUGUUGGGAACUUAACUUUGGCUGGAGAAGUUCUCGCUUCCAACUGCAUAGGUUACGUAUAAAAUACAACUACGUUAAGUCAUAAAAUCGCAACCAUGCAUCUCUUUAGAAAGUGAGACCUAUUCAGGCAUAUCUGGCCUACACAGACUUGCCUAAUUUUUUCACAAGGAAGUAAUAAUUCAUGCAGUAAGGAGCUUACAGUUAAUUGCCUCGGGCAAUAUUGUAGUAAAUUAACAUUCUACUGGAAGAACAAAGUAUGCUUUUCUUUGUAGCAACAGUGUUUUGUACUGUUUUCUUAUGCAGCCAUUACUUAGUCCAAUGUACUUAUAAAGGAAAACACAACACAUUAGAAUUUUAAUUUUUAUAGCCUACUUGCCACUUUGGGUUGUCAAAAAUUUCACUAUUCAGCAUCUUGUACUAAUGCUACAUUGGCAUGUUUAAUGUUUAAAGAUCACACUUUAUCACAGUGUUGCCUAAAUAUUAUGCAGUAAGUCUAGGCCACUGUCUCUAGCUGUCACCUGCUUCCUAUGAUUAAUAUGCCACAUGUCUCGUGUUAAUAGCGGCACAAAAGAUGGCUAUGUAUACAGAUGCCAUCAGACUUAAACUGAACGAUCAAAAUGUAUAUCUAGCAGCUUAACUAAAAAAAAUGUGAACUUUAAGGAGAAAACAUUGACCGCUUUGGAAAGAAGAUACAUUAAUAUAGCGCAUUCAAAUCAGCUCGUUCAGAUAUCUCCAGCAACAAGGUGCUCAAGGCAUGUUUAGGUUAAGUGUGACUGAAGUUGUACAGAAGUGAUGCACAUCCUAUUUUAUGUACAUGUCUGCACAUUGUGUUCACGAAUUAAACUUCAAGUUGCAAGGCACUGUCUUUGCCUUGUAUGUUUGUGUUUGUUGUACAAGGUGUAGUAGAGGGCCAUCUUUUUCAGUGUUUUCACACACGACUACAUUGCCACUUGACAUGGUGCAAUGUUUAAAAAUGGCUGCUCUAGAGGUAAUCUGGCUAGGCUUAAGUUCAUCAAUGAAAAUGCAGGUUGCCACCAAGUGCAAUACUGCUGACACCCUAUUUCCUACGUGGGGUCAUAGUUGUCACUGCCAGUCUAUUUGCUGGUGUUUAGGUGUCAUGUAAGAGUUUCCUUUGGGUGCCCCCUAUAUUCGGGUGUCUCUCUCCUGACUCAUAUGCACUGCACAAGUCUUCGAUAUGUUUCCUUUGCACAAAGAAAUCACUCUCAAGUGCACUCCAAGCUAAACACAAUGCAGCAAAUGUCGGUGUGGUUAUCUUUAUCAAUGCUGUGAAAAUUAAUGUAAAGAGGUGUGGAAAUGGCACUCUGCUCUUAAAGAAAACACCUUAUUAAUACUGAGUACACUCGACGUAACUUCAGUGAUGCUCCUACUUUAUGGCAAAGAGAGGGCCUGUUAUGAUGCCUGGCACCCAUAACUAAUAAAAGAUUAUUCUGCAAGACUUUAUGCUAUACUAGAAUGUGUGCUUAAAUUCUGGUGAGAUACACCCUCAAGAGUGGUUGGCCGUGCAUAUAUUGACCUACAUUGUCAUCUUGGUAAUAUUAAAAGUCAGAUUUUGUGCUUA